UCCACGGCUUAGUGCUUUACAUCCAGAACAGGGUUUGGCCAGCCUGACUUGUGCUAAAAUCAGCCUGGAUGUUGGCUGCAUCUUAUCUUUUUAUUUUUUAUUGGCAGUGUUCAUGUGUCCCUUAUUCCUCUGGACUGGAGAGGCUGAAAGAACUCUGGAUUUCCAAGGAUGGACAUUUUCAGUUACAGGCGGAGAUUAUUCCAAGGGUAUCUUCCACACACAUUUAGAAUCUGAUUCUAAGGAAGAAGUUUCCUAAAUUUUGCAGUUAAUUUGAGUCCUGAUAUCUAAAUCCUGUGUACACAGAAAAAUGGAUUCUGCAUCUCUCUUACCGACAUUUUUAGAUGUGGAUUUGACAGUAUCACAUAUUGAAUGUCUUCCCAAGGAUGUCCUGGUGAAAUUUCAAGGCAGAAAUAAUAAUGAAUGUGAGUUUGACUACCACAUAUUGCAGAGGGAAAUACAACAUAUUCCAAAAAUGAAAAAUAAUGUGGACAUUGAUGAAUUUUGUUUGGUUGAAGAAAAAGUAUCUGGAGAAUGGCAGAGAGGAAGAGUUGUGGAAAAGAAAAAUGAACUUUAUACAGUGCUUCUUAUAGAUCGUGGAGAAGAACUAAGGGUUGAUAGUACACAGGUUGCUUCAGCAUACAGCAAUUUAUUUGAACUACCACCACGGGUAAUAUUUGGUAUUUUUGCCAACAUACUACCAAUUGGGGAAAAAUGGACUCCUAAGGCUUUAAAUUACUUUAAAUCAUUAGUAGGAAUACAUGUGAAAGGUUAUGUGCAAGCUAUUUUGCCCCUACAACUGAUUCUUCUUGAAGUGCCAAAAAUUAUAUCCCAGGCUCUUGAAUUACAAUUAGGAAGACUUAUUGAUGGAGAUUCAUUUCGUCUUAUUGUGGAAAUGUUAAAAGAAUUCCCUCAACAAAUGCCAGAUUUAUUACAACAUAAAAGACCUGAAUUGUCGUUAAGUAAUAAUGAUACUUCACUUGAUAUUCAACAUGUUCUGGAUAAUUUGCAGCCAUCUUUGUCAGUAGGAAGUACUGAAAGUGUAAAGGUAUCAUCUGCACUGAGCCCAAGUAAAUUUUAUUGUCAGUUAAUUAAAUGGAUUCCAGAGCUAGAAAACUUGACAAUGUGUAUGACUUUGCAUUAUGAUACUAUUAGUCAAGAAACUAGUCCCACAUGUGAUAAUUUUGGACUGCUUUGUGUUGCCAAAAGGAUAAAUGGACAGUGGCAUAGAGGAAUUCUUCAGCAGCUCUUGCCCAAUAAUCAAGUAAAAAUUUGGUUUAUGGAUUAUGGCAGUAGUGAGGCUAUACCCUCAAUUUAUGUAAAGAAACUUAAACAAGAUUUUAUCUUAGUACCAUUAUUUUCGUUUCCAUGUUCUCUUACAUAUUUGCACAGUCCAGAUAAAGAUGCAAGAAAAUAUCAGCUGGGUGUAUUUAAACAAGCCUUGUUAGGACAGAUAGUAUAUGCACACAUUGAUUGGUUCAAUAAGGAUGAACAUUUAUAUUAUGUGACAUUACAAACUCAAGAGUCUACAAUUAAUUCCAAGUGUCUGCUGAAGACUGUAGGCACACAAGUACUUUGUCCGGUGUCUGAUUCAAAACUCUCCAAUAUCUUGAGUGAGAUGGGUGAUUCUGAUGUAAACAGCUUUGCAGUUAAGAGUUUUAUUAAAAAUAGUGAAGAAUCAGUAGACUCUCUAAAUAAGAACAUUUUAAAAGUAGGUUUUCCUAUUAAAACUGUAGAAAUGGAGAUAGAGGCUGCUUACGUAGCUUUUGUAGUAUAUGUAUUAAAUCCGUCAAAUUUCUGGGUACGCACUAAUGACCAUCAGAAUGAAUUUCAAGAUAUAAUGAAAAAUAUAAACAAAUUCUAUGAUUUGUGUGAAAAUGAUGAAAUGAUUCUAAGAAAACCUGAACCUGGAUUAUUUUGUUGUGCUAGAUACAGCAAGGACAGACGUUUCUACAGAGCUGUCAUCACUGAAAUGAAUGGUCAUAAGAUUAAUGUUUAUUUUUUGGAUUAUGGAAAUACUGAUUCCAUACCAUAUUUUGAUGUAAAAAUUUUGCUUCCAGAAUUUUGUGAGUUGCCUGCCUUAGCUGUGUGCUGUUCACUUGCACAUAUAUUUCCUGUUGAAGAUUUAUGGGUGAAGGCUGCUAUUGAUUAUUUUAAAAAAAUAGUUUUGAACAAAGCAAUUUUGCUUCAAGUUAUAGGAAAAAAAGAUGACAAAUACACUGUAAAUAUUCAAAGUACUGAAGCCUCAGAAAAUAUCGAUGUUGUCUCUCUUAUGUUACAAGCUGGAUAUGCAGAAUAUUGGGAAGUAGAACCAGAAUGUUUUCCAAAAUCUGUGAGUGAAUAUUCAGUGUUAAAUUUAAAAUCUAAAAACAAAGUUAAUAUUAAAAAAGUCAUAUCUGCCCUUCUUGAAGGACCUAAAUCUAAAAAGUACCAUUCAGAUAAAGUAGAGGAAAAUAACUUGUCUUUGUCAAAGUCCCCAGCUGUUAAUUUCUUAGAUUUAAAAUAUCCUUUCACCUCUGUGGGGACUGAGUCAUCAUUAUCUUAUAAAGAAUAUAUGUUUAAACCAGGAACAGUUCUUGAAGUUAAAUGUUCUUAUUACUAUGGCCCAGGUGACUUUUCAUGCCAGCUCCAAUGUAAGUUAGAUGACCUAAAAUUACUAAUGGAACAAAUUCAGAGUUAUUAUAGUGUUCAUUCUGAUCCUUAUCAGAUUGGGCAGGUUGCUUGUGUUGCUAAGUAUUCCAAAGAUGGGAAGUGGUAUAGAGCUGCUGUUUUGACUCAAGUAUCAAAAAAAGAAGUUGACACAAUCUUUGUUGACUAUGGUUACCAAGAAAGAGUUUUAAUUAAAGACAUUUGUGGUAUUAACCCACGUUUUCUUUUUUUGGAAGGCCAAGCCUUCAGAUGUUGUCUUAACUAUUUAGUUGAACCCACUAGUUGUAAGUUCCUCAAUUGGACAGGAGAAGCAUCCAGAGACUUCGGGAAAUUUAUCUGUUCAUCUAGAGGGUUAUUGACUUGUAUUAUCCGUGCCUUAGUUCUUAUACAUCCUAACUGUUUAUGUAAUUUGGUGGAUUUACAAUCCUCAUUUACUAGUGCGAAAGAAUUUCUUAUUACUUGUGGCUCUGCUCAGUAUAGCACAUUAUCAAAGCCACUUCCAUCUUCAGUUAGUCUUUAUAGUUACUAUUAUUCUUCAUUUAAUAUAAAAGUUGGAAGUGAAGAAGAAGUAUAUAUCUCUCACAUGUAUAGCCCCAAAAAGUUUUAUUGCCAGCUUGGUAAAAAUAAUAAAGAUCUAGAGAUGAUUGAAAAAAAAAUCACAGAGAUUAUUAACCUCAAAACUUGUCCAAAAUAUUCUAAGAAAAUGAGAUUGUGCAUAUCUAAGUACAUGGAGGAUGGUCUGUCAUAUAGAGCUUUAGCAAUGCCAACGGAUUCAUCAUCUGACUUUCUGGUCUAUUUUGUAGACUUUGGAAAUAAGCAAUUAGUAGAAGAAAACAUGUUGAGGGCCAUUUCAGAUCAGUUUCCAGAGUUACUGUUUACACCAAUGCAAGCUAUUAAGUGUUUUUUGUCAGAUCUUAGAGAUACGGAUAUUCCAGCAGAAAUCAAUAGCUGGUUUGAAGACAGUUUCAUAGGAAAACCAUUAAAGGCAGUAAUAUUGUCCAGAGAAUCAGAUGGCCAGCUUGGUGUAGAAUUGUAUGAUGGAAAUCAAAGUAUAAAUCAGAAAAUUAAAAUCUUGCUUCAUGCUUAUGAAAGAAAACAUUGUGACCAAGCACACUGUGUAGAAGAGAGUCAUAAAAUAAGUGAGAAUAAGAGACUUGCUGCUUCUUUGAAAAGCAAAAUAGAAAAUGACUAUCACCAUAAUAUGAUAAAUAAAACUAGUCUGGUAACAUAUUCUGAAAGCAAAAUUGAUCAGUUAUUGAAUCCUAAAAGUUUGUAUGCCAGGCUUUUGAAACCAUCAUUUUGUUAUAAAAUUGAACCUGUGUCAAAGAACAAAGUGAAGAAGUCUUUGAAUGAUGGAUGUAAAAGUGUAAAAAUUGUCCCUCGAUAUGCACAUAUUCUUGAUGAAAGUGGUGUGGGCCAAAGAUCAGUAAAGAUUGUAUCACAAUCUUUUAUCAGAGAGUUAAAUCAAGCAGCCUCACAAAACCCAUGUAACCUUAAUAGACCACAGAUCAAAGACCUUCCUCAACCCAAAAUUUACUUGAAUGCCAAAAUUAAAGGGUAUGUUUCUAAUAUCAGUAAUCCAGCAAGUUUCCAUAUUCAGCUUGCUGAGAAUGAAAAUGUAAUCAUCAGACUUGCAGAUGCUCUAAAUGAAAGAAGAGGAAAUAGAGCGAAAGAGAGAAAAUCAGUUAAACCUCUGGUUGGAGAUCUUGUGGUUGCAGAAUAUGCUGGUGACAGUGCCAUUUACAGAGCAGUUAUUAAGAAGAUUUUGCCAGAAAAUUCUUUUGAAGUGGAAUUUAUUGACUAUGGUAACACUGCAAUAGUAAACACAUCUAAAAUUUAUGAACUCAACAGGGAAUUUUUAGCUAUUCCUCAGCUAGGAAUCCAUUCUUUUCUUAGUGGGGUAAAAUUGAAUGAGCCUGAUGAAAUAUGGGACAGCAAAAUGGUGGAUUAUUUUGCUUCAAGAGUAAGUAAUAAAACAGUUUCUUGUGAAUUUUUGAAAAAACAUGAGCAGAAAUGGGAAGUAAAUAUAAUCUGUGAUGAAAAAUAUGUCAUUAGUGAACUACUGAAAUGGAAAGCGUGUUCAAAACCAGAGAAGAUAGCAUUGCAGAUACCUCAGGUUGUCUCUCAAAAGGUUAGCCCUGGUGAUAAUAAUGAAAUAAAGAGAGGAAGAUCGAGUGAAUGUGAAGGGUCUAUGGUCCUUCAACAGUCCUACCAACAGCUGGUGAAAAUGUCAUUUGAAAAGUUAAAACCUGGACAACUUGAAAAAGCUGAAAUACUUCAUGUUUCCCAGAGUGGAAAAUUUUAUGUCAAGUUAUCCAAAAAUAAAAAAAUAUUAUCAGAUUUAACGGUAUUAAUUACCAAAGAAGAAAAAAACUGUUCUCUUUUAUCAGUGGAAAAUAUUGAAAAAGGUUUAGAAUGCCUGGCAAAAUCUAAGAAAACUUUGAAAUGGUAUCGAUCAAAAGUAGAAGAAAAGUAUAUUGAUGAGAAAGUGCUUGUUUUUUUAGUGGAUCGUGGUAGAUAUGAAAUAGUGCCUUUAUGUAAUAUCAAGGUGCUUAGUAAUGAAAUCAGAAAUACUCCAAGACAAGCUGUGCCUUGUAAAUGGAUUUGGUUUGAAAAUUCUAGGAACAUGUCAUUUAAGACCAUUGUGUGUUUAUUCACUCAUUUGGAAAUAAACAUCCUUUUCCUGAAGUAUUUAGACUCUGCUUGGGAAGUAGAAAUUUUGGUAAAUAACCUGUUACUUUUAGAAUAUUUAAAUUUGAAUGCAGUUCUGGUUGAAGAAAACAAACUUAGAUCAUCAGGAAUUGCUUUCAACAUGGAAUCUAAGACUCCUGUGUCAUCCUGUGCAAUAAGAUCAUUCACUUGGGCAGAACUCCAAAAUGGUAGGCAGUAUUCUGGUAUUGCCACUGCUGUUUCUGAUCCAUCAGACUUCUGUGUUCAGUUAGAAGAUUUCUUUGACACAAUGAAGUAUCUCUUUAUGUUGCUUUCUGAUCUUCCGGAAACCUUAGAAACAUUGCCUCAAGAACUCAUAAUUCCUGGGUCUAGUUGUUUGUUCAAAUAUGAAUUGGAAGACCAGUGGAAUAGAGUGGAAAUUUCUGAAGUCUCUGAUCAGUCUUUACUUCUUGUGUUGAUUGACCAUGGAUUUUCUUUUUAUAUACCUUAUUCAAAUAUAAUACAUCUCAAAGUUGUUCCUGAGGAACUUUUGAAUUUGCCAAGGCUGAUUUAUCCUUGUAUCUUACAUGGUAUCUUACCUGCUAAAGGGAAACAUUGGAGUGAAGAAGCCAAAAGCUUUUUUCAAGAUUUCCUAUGUAAACCAGGUUUAGUUUUUCUGUUUAGGGAAUGUAAUUUUGAAACAAAACUGAAAGUAGAUGUCAUUCAUGAGAAAAACAAUUUGGCGGAUAUGUUAGUUGCAUCUGGUCAUGCAGUGUAUUCUAAAAAUUCAGCUCAUCUUGAUGCAGUUACUGCUACUGGAUCUACUAAAACCCAAUAUAAAUUAAAGAGUAACCCUAUUUGCCCUUUGUCAGAUCAAAAUUGCUACAAAAAAGAAAAUAUAAAUUGUACAUGCACUGAGAAACAGAAGCCAAAAAUACAGAAGUCUAUAAAGAGGAAAAAUGUCUAUAAGAACCUCUUAAGGAAAAGCCGUAUCAGUAAAAGAUUACCUUCUAGAAAUUUAACACUGAGAAAGAAAGUUGGUGGUGGAAAACAUAAUCUACAAGGUAUCAUUACAUUUGAUACAUGUGCAGCAGCUUCAUUUUGGGAACUGAAUGAUGAUUUGAAGAAUAACAUCAAUUGUGUUGAAAACGUUUCUGAAAAAAUACCAACUGAUGGAAUACAGGAACAUAACACAGUGGACUUGAGCAUAACAGUAAAAGAGUUGCAUGUUAAUGAAAAAAUUAAAUCAGAAGAACACUUUAAAGUAGAGGGAGAUGAAAGCUCCGAUGGCUUAUACAUCAGUUUGACAACAGAUGAUACAUAGGAUACCCAGUAAUUACUGUCUUGGUUUAGAUGCUGCAUAUCUAGAAUAAAAGUGGUCUUCAAAUCAAAAGGAAAUAUACUUGAGGAACUCCUUCUGGGGAGCCUAAUUUGCACCUGGACCUGAUGUAGAUGAUGAGAUCCAAGACUUUGUCCUGAUGUCAUAAUAGAAUGCGAGUUUGGAGGUCUUGUGGAUGGGUAUAGUGUAUUCUGCACAUGGGAAGUGUAUGAAUUGUUGUGACAAGAGGACAGACUGUGUUAGAUUGUAUUUUACAAAGAUCGUCACAAUAUUAUUUCCCAUCUCACAUUUCUUAUUCAAUGUGACUUUUCUACUCCCCAUCAAGAGGUAAGAGUGUAAUUACUCUUUCCUUGGAUCUGGAAAGGCUUGUGACUGCUUUGACCAAUAGCAUAUGGUAGAAGUGAUGCCAUAUGACCUUAUAAGCUUGGGCCAUGGAAGGUGAUACGGUUGUCAGCUUAUUUUCUUAAGCACUUGCGCCUGGUACUCUGGACUAUCUUUUGAGAAAUCUUAACUACCUGCUACAGCCAGACCAUGAGAAGCCACAUAGGGACACCAUGUAUAAGGACUCCUGUCAACAGUUCCAGGCCCCAGCCAGUUGAGUCGUCCCUACUGAGGCCAUGGCAUUGUGUAGAGACAAGCUAACUCCUUCAUGCCCUGUCUGAAUUCCUAAGCUCCAGGAUCCAUGAACUUAAUAAAAUAGUUGUUUUAUAUACUGAGCUUUGAGAUAGUAAAUGGAACAACUGGGUAACUUAAAAAUCACAUUAUAAGACUCAUUAGAGCUGUUGGGUACAGUCAGGGUAAAGGGACUUGGUAGUGGGUACAGUAUCAGUUUCAGUAGAAAAGUUUGUGACACAAAUUUUAGCUGCCUAGUGGCUUGCUUGCUAGUUUAUUUGGUUUGGGGAUGCUAAGUCAUGUGGCUGUAUCUGAGUUCUAGAUAGUUGAUGUGACAUUGUAAAUUACUUUUCAUUGUUUUAUUUGUAACCUUCCAUUUAAUUUGCCUUUUGUUCUACUUGAUUAAAAACUCAAUAAAUAUAAUGAUACUUUCAAUUUGCUUCUAUAUUUUACACACAAUAAUAUGAGAUAAAUGCAUAUUAGUUAAUUGAUUAUAAAAUUUUGUCAGUUUUUCAAAGGGCAUGUUUUAUGAGUUUGAAAAAAUAAUGUGACAAUGCUGUAGGCAUGUUAUUAAAUAGGGGUUAUAUAUACCCUAUUUAUGAGGAGAUUAGUUAACCAAUAUUAUCUCCUUUAUUAAUAAGGCUUAUAGUUUUUCUUUUAAGAUAUUUCAUUUCUCUUCUGGUAAUCUAUACUUCUAAUUUGAAUAUCAUAGAACUUAAAUAUACUAUGAAGUAAAGAUUGUAGAUAAAGAAUACAUUUUUCCCAGCAUUUAAGAAAAAUAUUUCUGUAAUUGUUUAGGGGGUUUUACUGACAUCUAGUGGCGUAUAUUCCUGUAUGUUUAAAUUCCUUUCUGUAUUUUUAUUAGUCUUUCCACGACUAUCUUAUUUUUAAAAACUUUUAAGGACAAAGGCAGUUUAGGUGUCUAAAGUGAGGGUAGCAUUUUUUGAGGAUGCAUGAUAUUGUACAUACCUUACAUGUAAUUUAACAUGUCUGAAUAAAUAUGAUCAGGUUAUUCAUUCUUAAGUAGUUUUUUUUCCUGCACUACUACUUUUCCUUUAUUUGCUUGGGUCCCCUUUCUUACUCCUUUCUCCAUUUAUAU